AAAGCAGCUGCGUUUGAUCACCGGCGGUAAAUAGUCCAGUCAACAUGGCUACCUCCGUAAGGAAAGCAGCCCACGACAUAGAAACGCGAAAGCGGACCGAUGAUGUCCUUCUGUCGGAGGGAAUCGACUUCAGCUCCCUGCUGCUGUCUCCGGCCGUGCUGGACGGACUGUCCGCCGCAGGCUUUCAGAAACCUUCCCCGAUCCAGCUCAAGGCGAUCCCGCUGGGCCGCUGCGGACUUGAUUUGAUUGUACAGGCCAAGUCUGGCACAGGGAAGACGUGCGUGUUCUGCACUAUCGCCCUGGACUCUCUGGUCCCGGAGAACCCUGCAACUCAGGUUCUGGUCCUGGCUCCUACACGUGAGAUAGCGGUGCAGAUCCACUCAGUGGUGAUGGCCAUAGGCUGUGCCAUGGAGGGCCUCGAGUGCCAUGUUUUCAUCGGGGGCAGGCCUGUGAGUCAGGACAAACUCCAUUUGAAGAAGUGCCAUAUAGCUGUGGGCUCACCUGGUCGUAUCAAGCAGCUUAUCGAGCUGGGCAUGUUGUCCACCACCAGCAUCAGACUGUUUGUUCUGGAUGAGGCUGACAAGCUGCUGGAGGAGGGCAGUUUCCAGGAACAGAUAAACUGGAUCUUUUCCUCUCUGCCUGUGAACAAACAGAUGCUCGCACUUUCUGCCACCUACCCAGAAUCCCUUGCUCAGCACCUUACGCGCUACAUGAGAGAGGCCACUUUUGUCAGACUCAAUCCCAGUGACAUGGGCCUUAAAGGUCUGAAGCAGUAUUACAAGCUGGUGCAGUCCCAUCCUUUACCUCACAAGGUUUACGAAGAGAAGGUGCAGCACCUGCUGGAGCUCUUCAGUAAAAUCCCAUUCAACCAGGCCCUAGUGUUCUCCAACCUACACACAAGGGCUCAGCACCUGGCAGACAUUCUGUCCUCCAAAGGCUUACCUGCUGUUUGUAUUUCAGGUGGUCUGAGUCAGGACCAGAGACUGGAGGCGAUGUCAAAACUGAAGCAGUACCAAUGCAGGGUGCUCAUCUCCACUGACCUGACUUCCAGAGGUAUAGAUGCAGACAAAGUAAACUUGGUGAUAAACUUGGACAUGCCACAGGACUGGGAAACCUACAUGCACCGAAUCGGACGGGCUGGCCGCUUUGGCACUCAGGGGCUGGCUGUGACCUACUGUUGCCAUGGUGAGGAGGAGAACAAGAUGAUGGCCAUCGCUCAAAAGUGCGGCCUGAGUUUGUCACUGUUGCCAUCCACCAUUGAGCCAGGGUUGAUGGAUGAGCCGUGUGACUGGGAUGUCUGCACUGAGGCUUCCACUCCAGGCCCCUUAUCCCAGCUCUCCUCCAGGACUGAGAAAAAGAGGCGUGCCAACUUGGUCACAGAUCAAGCUCUAGAGCACAGCGGUCAUAGAAAGCCAGAGAAGUCCCAUCCAGCACCCAGGCUGGGAGCGCACAGCGAAGGGUAUCCCAGAAAAAUGUCUCCUGCAAAGGACACUCUUCCACAGAGUCCUCCACAGGUGGUGCUGACUCGAAAAGAACUGCAAGACGCUCUGCCAAAGAUACCUCCCCUCACCGCGUUCAAGAGUUGUAGGUCAAGGUUUAUGACCUUUGAGGAGGCUGAGCGGGACUUCCAGAGCUUCAUUACCACAGGGUUGGGGAGAUCGGUGGAGGUCAUCAGGGAGUUCAGAGGCCGAGAGGACGGUGGCCCUGAUGAUCAGACUGUGCAUAAAGAGUCUGUCAUGCUUUAUGAUGACGGAACUCAAAGUUUAAAACAAAAUGGAAAACGGUGGAAGUCUGACUUUUCACGUCCAAGGUCAAUUUCUGGUUCUUCAAGCUCACAAUCUGACAAGGAUGAUGGUGAAUACAGAGCAAACACUAAGCCUCCGACUGAAGCCAGACAGACACCCACUGUAUCCAAAACAAAGGCAGAGACCACCAAAUCCAAAGAUGGUACUUCUUCUGCACCCCAAAUGUAUCCCCAGGCAACCUGUGCAUCAAAUGGGAGAGCUUUGUCUCAGCCCAAGAACUACGAGUCUGUACCAGACGUUAAAUCGAGCAGGCAACCCAGUCAGACGGCUCCAGCACGGAGUGGCAGAAAUGACUCAAGAAAGAUUAAAGAAAAUAUUGAGAAACGGAGCGAAAAGACUUCAAAAGACACGAACAGAGAGCAAAAGAGGGAAAGGGACGAAGGGGAACACGACGACAAUGAAGAGGAGGAGGAGUGGAGUGCGGAAACUUACUGGAGAGCCAGCUACAGAGCCUGGAAUGAUUACUACGCCUCCAUGUCUCCUUUUCAAGAGCAAGGUUACCAAAGCUACUACAGUGUAGCCCACAACUGGAUGGCAGCAUAUCGUAUGAAUGCUGUCUACAUGGAAGAACUCCUGAAAUACUGACUUGUCUAUCCUGUUAAUCAGGAUGUCCAAUCAUGCUAUUUUCCAUUCAGAAAAUGUGUGCACUAAGUCCAGUGUGUGAAUGUCCCUUGCACUUCUUCUAGUCUGACACACUGCACUUAAAUUUUUUGUGUGUAUUUUUCAAUGAAUUCAUACCAUAUACUGUAUGUCCCCAUUACAUUCUAAUAAAUUACCGGUAUGGAGCUUGUA